GAAGUGAAACUUCGUGAUGAUCAAUAUACCCUUGACCACAUGCGUGCUUUUGGAAUGUAUAAUUAUCUUCACCUUGAUUCCUGGUACCAGGAUAAUGUCUACUAUGUUGAUCAGUUUGGAAGGGUUAUGAAUCUUUCAGUGACUCUGGACACUGCUCUACAAAAACCAAGAGAAGUUUUCAGGCUACCUACAGACUUGACAGCUUAUGAUAAUCGCCUUUGUGCCUCAAUUCACUUCUCGUCUUCCACAUGGGUUAUCCUUUCUGAUGGUACAGGAAGACUGUAUUUAAUUAAAUCAGGCAAGCGUGGAAACAGUGCAUCUGAAAAGUGGGAGAUUGUGUUUAAUGAAGAACUAGGAAGUCCAUUUAUUAUAGCACACAGUGUUUCAUUUGUAAAAUCUGAUGUGCAUUCAGUAGCUGUGCUGCUGCUUAGGGUAGAAAAAGAUGAAUUGGACACAAAAGGAAGUGGAUUUCAUAUUACCUUGGAAUGGGUUACAAUUGCAGAGAUAAGCAAAGAGGGUGAUCCUACAUAUGAAAUCUUUAAAAGGAGAGUUUUACAAGGAAAAUCAGUCCCCCAUUAUGCAGCAAUAGAGCCAAGUGGGGAUGGUCUAAUGAUUCUUUCUUACAAACCGUUCAAAUUUGUACAAGAUGAAGAUGACAAAUUAGAAGAAAAUGACGAUGCAAAAGCAACAAAUGAAAAGAAAGACCCUCUCUAUUACUGGCAACAGACUGAAGAUGAUGUGACAAUAACAGUUCACAUUCCUCAAGACAUCUCUAAGGAUGACAUAAAAGUACGCUUUUCCCCUGAUAGCAUACGUGUUACACUGAAAGACCAGCCUCCUUUGAUGGAAGGAAAACUCGCUUCAUCUGUGGACCAUGAAAGCUGCACAUGGAUAAUUAGAGAGAAUAAAAGUUUGGAAAUUUCUCUAAUUAAGAAAAAUGAGGGACCCCAGUGGCCAGAGCUAAUAGUUGGUGACACAAGAGGGGAAUUCAUAAUGGACUCUUCCCAGUGCUCUGAAAUAACUGAAAGCCUGAUGCAUCUUACCUCUGAAGUAAUGAAUCCAAACCCUGAAAAGGAAAACCCACCUUGUAAUGCUCAAGAAUUAGAAGAAUGUGAUGCUUUUCUUGAAGAUAGUGCAAGCUUGUGCAGAUUUGAUGGUGAUACCUUGAAAGUCACUCAUGUAAUUAAUCUUGGAAGCAACCAGUAUCUUUUCUCAGUUGUUGUGGAUCCCAGAGAGAUGCCGUGCUUCUGCCUGAGGCAUGAUGUUGAUGCUCUCCUCUGGCAGCCCCACUCUGACCAACCAGAGAACAUGUGGGAACACAUAGCAACUUUUAAUGCUUUAGGUUAUGUCCAAGCAUCAAAACAAGACAAGAAGUUUAUGGCUUGUGCUCCAGAUUACUCCUACGCUGCUCUUUGUGAGUGCUUGCGACGAGUUUUCAUCUAUCGUCAGCCGACUCCUCUGUCCACAGUGCUCUACAACAGGAAGGAAGGAAGACAAGUAGGACAGGUUGCUAAGCAGCUGGUAGCAACCCUGGAAGCCAAUGAUCCUAUCUUAGGCUUUCAAGCUACAAGUGAGAGAUUAUUUGUUCUCACAACAAAAACCUUGUUUUUAAUAAAGGUGAACUCUGGAAAUUAAUUAUUCAGUAUAUUCUGCUGUAGUUUGUGUUAACAAUUUGUUAAAGAACUGGCUAGGUAAAUGAUCUGAGAAUUUCGGUACAAUUUGCCGAAGUUUAAAAAGGAGAUAUUUUACAGGGGACUC